AUGAAGUUCUCAUCCACUCUCUUCGCCCUCUCGUCGGGCUCCGCGCUCGUCAGCGCCUUCCCCGCCCUCUCCGGACGCAACCUCGAGGGCCUCACCUCGGACCGGUUAGAGGCUGCCAUCCGCUCCUUCGAGCAGCACAGGCUCGAGAAGCGCAUCCUCGUCGACUCCAGCCAGCCCAUCGACACCACGGGCGAACACGCUUUCCAGGCUCCCGGCGAGGGCGACCAGCGCGGCCCCUGCCCCGGUCUCAACGUCCUCGCAAACCACGGCUACAUCUCGCGCGAUGGCAUCACCAGCUUCGCCGAGGUCACUAAUGCCAUCAACCAGGUGCUGGGCAUGGAGGUCGAGCUCGCCCUUAUUCUCGCUAUUAUGGGUACCGUCUGGACCGGCAACCCGCUCGCUCUGGACCCCGGCUUCUCCAUUGGUGGCACCGUCCCCGGCGACGGCUCCGACAACCUCCUGGGCAACCUUGUCGGCCUUCUCGGCGACCCCCGCGGCCUGCAGGGAUCCCACAACUGGAUCGAGUCGGACUCGUCGCUGACGCGCGACGACCUGUACGUGACGGGCAACUCGUGGACGAUGAACAUGACGCUGUUCCGCGACUUCCACGACCGCGCCGACGAGGACGGUGUGCUGUCGAUGGACCUGCUGGCCGACCAGGCCGCGCGCCGCUUCCACUACAGCAUCGCCAACAACCCCAACUUCUACUACGGCCCCAUCACCGGCAUGAUCUCGCGCAACGCCGGCUACUUCUUCCUCGGCCGCCUGCUGGCCAACCACACCGAGGAGGCGCCCGAGGGCGUGCUAACGCAGGAGGUGUUCAGGAGCUUUUUCGGCGUGUACGAGGGCGAGGAUGGCGACUGGGAGUACCGCGAGGGCCACGAGCAGUUCCCCGAUAACUGGUACCGCAAGCCGGUGGACUAUGGUCUUCUGAACCUCAACUUGGAUACGAUCGCUUGGGUGCUGAAGCACCCUGAGCUCGGAAGCGUCGGCGGCAACACGGGCACCGUCAACUCCUUCACCGGCCUCGAGCUCGACGACAUCACCGACGGCGUCCUCAACGCCGGCACCCUGCUCGAGGGCAACAACCUGCUGUGCUUCGUCCUCGAGGUCGUCAAGACUUUCGCACCCAACUCGCUGUCGCCCCUCCUCAAGACGCUCGAGGCUCCGCUCCAGCUCAUUUCCAAGGCUAUCACCGGCCCGCUCACCAGCCUGGCUUGCCCUGCCUGGAAGGAUCUGACUGAGGGUGGCCAGCCGCUGUGGGAUGGCAUUCAGAGCAAGUUCCCUGGUGCGGCGCAGGCGGGUUCGUCGUUGUAA